AUGGCCGCGCUUUUGUCACCAUUGUAUCGUUUCUACGAUUUUCUGCAGGGCUUGAGGGGAACGAACAAUACUUUCCUCACCGAGCAACAUGUUCCCGGCACCGAUAUGAGAGGAAAAUGGAUCAUCAUAUCCGGUUCCAACAAUGGUGUUGGAUUUGAAGCAGCCAAAUCCUUCGCAGCAUGGGGUGCGAAUCUGAUACUGGCCUGUCGAGAGCCGCCUGCAUGGGAGCUGCAUCCUUCAGCCGCCGUCAAGGAAUGCAAAGAGAUCGCCGAGGCACAUGGUCAUUCCUCAACGAUCGAAUGGUGGGAGAUUGACAUGGCCGAUCUCAACAGCGUCGAGAUCUUCUGUCGAAGAUGGCUGGAAACUGAUCGCACUUUGGAUAUUCUUUGUAACAAUGCUGGCCUUGCUGCUACUGCCAAUAAUAACUUGACGAUGACGAAAGAUGGGUUUCAGCUGGUGCAUCAGGUCAACUUUUUAUCUCAUGUGCUGCUGACUCUGCGGCUCCUUCCGUCACUAGCUCGCAGCUCCGAGCCUCGCAUAAUCUGCUCAACCUCAUGCUUACACCAUCUCGGAUACUUUGACCUAGAGCACUUCAACAGCGGCCCCGAGAUGAAAGGCAACCCCUAUGCGAACAACAAGCUCUAUUUCCAGAUCUGGGUUACGGAGCUGCAGUCUCGACUUCUCAAGCACCCUGAAUACCUCCACAUUACGAUCAACGGCCUUCAUCCCGGUUUCGUUGCCUCGGGUAUCUGGAAGAAUCUCGAGAGUAGACUUGGACCUGGUCCACGUUCCGUUCUGGAGUUCCUCUUGCAAUAUGUUGCCAUCAGCUCACAGCAGGGUAGCUUGGCUAUAACCUAUGCGGCUACUAGUCCAGAAUUUGGCCCAAAUCCCGAAAAGCAGGGUGUGGGUGCGGACAAUGGUAAAGGUGGAGGGUUGUAUAUCAAUCGUAUUUGGGAGGCGUCGCCACAGUGGCAUUGUCGUGACCCUGAUUCUAGGUCAAAGCUGUGGCUCAAACUAGACGAGGAGCUCCAUCUAGGAGAGAAGGGUCUUUUGGAUAUUCUAGGCCGCUGA